AGACGACUACAGCAGUUUAUAAGCUGAGGCGCAAAUCUUAUCGCGCCAGCUCAGAACAAGCGAGCGUCAGUCAGGCAACACGUCCAAUCGUUGUGGUACCGACAAAGGCCCACUCCACUGAAAAUGUUCACAUAGUGAUCGGUUUUUCUUUGGACUGAAACAGAGGCUGCAUGCAUCUCAUCCAAGGAGCAUCUUUUAAGUGAACCGUACCUUCAGAGGAUACUUGCCAAGAUAUAAUGCCUAGAAAAAGUGUAAAGGCUGAAUUGAAGACGACCCCAAUCAAUGAAGCAUCCAAAGAGUGUACAGCCCGUUCUCGAAAAAGAAAGGCAGAUGUUGACGUUUAUUUGCAAGAUCCUGAUGAGGUAGUUACUGAAAUGACAAAAAAGAAGCAGUGUCGUACUCAGGCCUGCUGGAGUCAAGCCACAGGUUGCACAAGUCCGUGCAGGCGAACCCCCACGCCUGACGAUGAAGUUGAGGAACCAGGCCUAGUCCUCUCACAGUAUGCCUUCAGAAACCUCUGCGGCACCCCUGCUAGGUCUUCCCCUCUGCCUGUCCUCUGCUGGGCAAAUAAAGAGGAUGUGUGGAAUAACCUGCUCAAGAAAGACAAGGCAUACUCAAGAGACAUGCAUUUCAUGGAGAGACACCCACAGCUGCAGCCAAAAAUGAGAGUUAUACUCCUGGAUUGGCUAAUAGAGGUUUGUGAGGUCUACAAACUGCACAGAGAGACGUUUUACUUGGCCCAGGACUUAUUUGACCGGUACAUGGCAACCCAGACGAAUGUGCUCAAAACGCGACUGCAGCUCAUUGGCAUCUCCGCUUUAUUCAUCGCUGCCAAAUUGGAGGAAAUCUAUCCUCCGAAGGUGCACCAGUUUGCCUACGUUUCAGACGGAGCCUGCACAGAAGACGAGAUCCUUAGCAUGGAGUUGAUUAUCAUGAAGGAGCUAAAGUGGAGUCUUAGCCCCUUGACAUCCAUAUCCUGGCUAAACAUUUAUAUGCAAGUGGCAUACCUGAAGGACUCCGGAGAGGUGCUGAUUCCUCAGUAUCCGCAGGCUACAUUUGUGCAGAUAGCGGAGCUCCUGGAUGUGUGCGUGCUGGACGUGAAGUGUCUGGAGUUCUCCUACAGCAUGCUGGCAGCCUCUGCCUUGUUCCACUUCUCCUCUGUGGAGCUGGUGGAGAAGGUCUCAGGUUUCCAGUGGUCAGACAUGGAGCGCUGCGUUAAGUGGAUGGUGCCAUUCGCAAUGUCCAUUCGGGAAGUGGGCAGCUCAGGGCUCAAGACCUUCAAGGGAAUUUCUGUGGACGACCUGCACAACAUCCAGACCCACGCUCCCUACCUGGACUGGCUGGAGAAGGCGUACUCCUACCAGUUGGUAGACGUGGAGAGGAGUCAGAGGUCCCCCGUGCCUUCAUGCGUACUCACCCCCCCUCCGAGCAGCGAAAAGCCUGAGCUUCCCUCGUCUUGAGGACCCAUCUGCAGAAGCUGGGCCAAUCAGGUGUCUGGCAGGAGGGCGAAUUACAGCAUUGCACACAAACUGUCUUCAGAUGCUACAGGGGGGCACAAGGCUUUGUGGUCUGUCGUGAUUUAUCCAGUGGUUGUGUGUAGUCCAUCAGCUAUUUUAAAAUGUUUUAUUUUUUUAAU